UUGCCAAUAUGUUACAGAAGCAAUGGAACGCUGAGCGAGAAAAGUAACAAUUAGCAUACCGAACGUCGCAGAGAGAAAACUUUACUUUGAAAAAGGACAGCACAAAACGAUCCAAAUGGCAGAACAGCACUCAGACCUGGAAAAGGCCAUCAACACUUUGGUCACAAAGUUCCAUGCUGCUGCGGCCAAUAAAGGUCCAACGCUCCAAACCGAAGAGUUGAAAGGACUCCUCACCUCCCAGCUGCCCAACUUAGUCAAGACUGGAGGCUCAGAGCAGGGCCUGGGCGAGGUGAUGAGACAGAUGGGUGUGUCGGACGGCGAGGGAAUCACCUUCAAGCACUUCUGGGGCUUGAUCCAGUCACUGGCCACCACGCAGCAUGGUCUUCUCAGCAGCGAGAAGGUGUCCAAGUGCGCCUGUGUGCUCCUGUGAGGUCCAUGCCUUCUGACGGUGGUGUGAGCCAGGGGGAACCAGACAGCCUCACCCAGUGUCAGUACCCCUUCUCACCGCACUGCUCCCAUCCAGACCUGGACACUCACAUAGUCAUCACCCCCUCCACUACAGGCCUUUUAUGUACAUCUCCCAUGCUUGGUAGUGCCAGCAGUGCUCAUCUCCUAGCUCUAUGCUACUUGGUUUACAGGAUUUUUUUUAUCAGUGUUGGUCUUUCCAUCCAAAUAUCCCCUCUAUUCAAAUAUCCCCAUUCUCAAAACCUGAAUGUCUUUCCUAUAGGCCUACUACCAGUGUAACCACUACAAAUAAUCCUUAGAUGACAUGUGACCCAAAGUGAAAUCAGAAAGCCAUGAGUGAGCUUUAGGUGCUUUGCAAAAAAUAAAAUAAAUAAAUAUGAAUUUACACAUGGCAGUACACAUUAGUGGAAAGCACCUUUGAGCCACCAGUAGUCCAUAUACAUACAGUACUGGUGAUGCAGAGUCCCAUUAGCAUGUUUCCUUAAACAAUGUUUUCCCCACUGUGGUAUUGCAGUUUUGUAUUUAUACUUUGUAAUUCUGUUUAUUCUGGCCAUUGUAAUAACAUCUUAAAACAUGACCAAAAGUUUUCUAAUAAAGAUCAGAAGAAAUUGCAA